GCGCUCGCCGGGCGCUGCCUGCCGCUCUCUGUCGCGACAUUCGGCGACAUCCCGCGACUCGCCGAGCCCCGGCCACACCGCCCCUCUGCCGGGACGUGCCAUGGCCACGCCGGCCAAGCGGCGGGCACGGGGCCCGGCCGGGGAGCAGGGCUCCCAUAGCGGCUGCGGCAGCUCCGAGGGCUCCGACAGCGGCUCCGAGGGCUCGGCCUGCUCGGACUCGGACUCGGACUCGCCCAUCGACGAGGAAGUGAAUAUUGAAUUUGAAGCACAUUCCAUAUCAGACAAUGACUAUAAUGGGAUAAAGAAGUUACUACAGCAGUUGUUUCUAAAAGCUCCUGUUAAUACUGCUGAAUUAACUGAUAUAUUAAUACAGCAGAACCACAUUGGGAGUAUUAUCAAGCAAGCAGAAGUGCAGGAAGACAGUAGUGAUGAUGAAGAUGAUGAUGAUGAUGAAGUAUUUGGUUUUAUAAGCUGCUUGAACUUAACAGAAAGGAAGGGCACCCAGUGUGCUGAGCAAAUCAAAGAGCUGCUCCUGAGUCGCUGUGAGCAGAGCUGUGAGCAGCCUGUGGUGGAGCAGCUGAGUAAACUCCUGAACGACAGCACAAAGCCUGUGGGGCUCAUCCUGAGUGAAAGGUUCAUCAAUGUCCCUCCACAGAUAGCCCUGCCCAUGCACCAGCAGCUCCAGAAGGAGCUGACUGAGGCACAGAGAACAAACAAACCCUGUGGAAAGUGCCACUAUUACCUCCUUAUCAGCAAGACCUUUGCAGAAGCCACAAAGAGCAAUUCUAAGAGGAAAGAAGGGAGAAAUCAGCCAAAGGAGGAAUUAAUGUUUGCAAAUGCAGAGGAAGAAUUCUUUCAUGAGAAAGCCCUUCUGAAAUUCAACUACUCUGUGCAAGAGGAAAGUGACACCUGUCUGGGUGGCAGAUGGUCCUUUGAUGAUGUGCCAAUGAAGCCUUUGAGGACAGUUAUUGUAGUUCCAGCUGAUGGAAUUAAUGGAAUUAUGGAUAAACUCAAAGAUUAUCUCUCACUCUGAGCUUCCCUACAAACACCAGGAUUUUAUAGAGCAGCCAUGCAGGACUGUGACCUCACAAUAUUUGCAGAACUGCUGUUGAGCCAAGGGUCUUGUGCAACCAGAAAUAUCCACCAAGUGAAUAUUUUUAAAUAUUGCAACUUAUUUGACUUUGAUAUCAUCAUGAAGCAGUCAGUAAAAACCCAGUGUCAAAAGAAAACCUGAAUAUGUGUUCAAUGUAUUUUGAAUCAAAGCUAAGUCAUGUGGUUUUGUUCCAAAAUCGUGCAUCCAACUCCUUUUGUUGAGAAAAAUGCUUUUUCUUUGUUUCAUCUGUUAAAUACAUUUAUGUCAAAAGUUUG